AUGGAGAAUGCUUUUCUUUAUACGCCCGCGGAAGCGCUGAAACACUUCAAUGUCGCGGAGCACACCGGAUUGUCCCAGGACGCCGUGCUGAGCUCCAGGAAGAGGCAUGGUCCCAACGCCAUCGAGGAAGAACCUCCGACGCCGUUGUGGGAAUUGAUCCUGGAACAAUUUAAGGACCAGCUGGUCCUCAUUCUCCUGGGAUCUGCCGCUGUGUCAUUCGUGUUGGCUCUCUUUGAAGAAGGCGAGGGCUGGACCGCCUUCGUGGACCCCGUUGUAAUCCUGACCAUCCUGAUCCUCAAUGCGGUGGUGGGUGUCACGCAGGAAAGCAGCGCCGAGAAGGCCAUUGCGGCGCUCCAGGAAUACUCGGCCAACGAGGCAAAGGUGGUCCGGGAUGGCAAAGCGAAACGCGUCAAGGCCGAGGAUCUGGUGCCCGGAGACGUGAUCCAGAUCGCCGUGGGUGACCGUGUUCCUGCCGACUGCCGUCUGCUCGCCAUCCACAGUAACAGCUUCCGUGUCGACCAGGCGAUCCUGACGGGCGAGAGUGAAAGCGUUAGCAAGGAUACCCGGGUUGUCAAUGAUAAAAUGGCUGUCAAGCAGGACCAGAUCAACAUGCUCUUCUCCGGCACUACUGUCGUCAAUGGCCACGCCACCGCUCUGGUCGCCCUGACCGGUGCGUCGACCGCGAUUGGUGACAUUCAUGAGAGCAUCACCUCCCAGAUCUCGGAGCCAACUCCGCUGAAGCAGAAACUGAACGACUUCGGUGACAUGCUGGCCAAGGUGAUUACAGUUAUCUGCAUUCUGGUAUGGCUCAUCAACAUCGAGCACUUCAAUGACCCUGCGUUCGGUGGCUGGGCCAAGGGGGCGAUCUACUACCUCAAGAUCGCUGUCUCUCUUGGCGUGGCAGCCAUUCCGGAAGGUCUCGCCGUGGUGAUCACUUCGUGCCUGGCUUUGGGAACUCGCAAGAUGGCCCAGAAGAAUGCCGUAGUACGGUCUCUCCCCUCCGUGGAAACUCUGGGUAGCUGCAGCGUCAUCUGUUCCGACAAGACGGGCACCUUGACCACGAACCAGAUGAGCGUGGAGAAGAUUGUCUACUUGUCCGAGUCCGGUCGUGGUCUGGAGGAGAUUGACAUCGAGGGCACCACUUUUGCUCCCGAAGGCAAGCUCUCGCGCGACGGCAAAGUUGUGGAAAACCUGGCUGUGUCGUCCUCGACAGUGGAUCAGUUGGCGCAGGUCAUUGCGCGCUGUAACGCUGCAACUCUCUCUCACGACGCUAAAAGCGGCGUGUUCUCCAGCAUCGGUGAGCCGACUGAGGGUGCUCUGCGCGCUUUGGUCGAGAAGAUUGGUACCAACGACGUUGGCGUGAACCAGAAAUUGUUCCGUCUCCCCGCGUCGGAGAGACUUCACGUGGCUAGCGCUCACUACGAGUCCCGUCUGCCACUCAAGGCUACCUACGAAUUCUCACGCGAUCGCAAGAGCAUGUCUGUCCUCGUGGGCGAGGGCUUGCAGCAGAAGCUACUGGUCAAGGGUGCUCCCGAGUCCAUUCUGGAGCGCUGCUCUCACAUCCUGCAAGGCUCUAACGGUUCCCGCAUCCCCCUGACCAAAAGUCACGCGAAGCUGCUCUCCCAGGAAGUUGUCGAAUACGGUAACCGAGGACUGCGCGUGAUGGCCAUGGCGAGUGUCGACAAUGUUUCCGGAAACCCGCUUCUGAAGAACGCUACCUCGUCCGAGGACUAUGAGAAGCUUGAGCAGAACAUGACCCUCAUUGGUCUCGUUGGCAUGCUGGACCCCCCUCGUGUCGAGGUGGCCGAGUCCAUCAGGAAAUGCCAUGCUGCCGGCAUUCGCGUUAUCGUGAUCACAGGUGAUAAUCCCAACACUGCGGAGUCCAUCUGUCGCCAGAUCGGCGUGUUCGGUGCCGACGAGGAUCUCACCGGCAAGAGCUUCACAGGCCGCGAGUUCGACAGCCUCAGCGAGACCGAGAAGAUGAAAGCCGUCCAGACCGCUUCGCUCUUCUCCCGUACCGAGCCCAGCCACAAGUCUAAGCUGGUGGAUAUCCUUCAAUCCAUGAACCACGUCGUCGCCAUGACCGGUGACGGUGUCAACGACGCCCCGGCCCUGAAGAAGUCUGAUAUCGGUGUCGCCAUGGGCACGGGAACGGACGUGGCCAAAUUGGCGGCGGAUAUGGUUCUGGCCGAUGACAACUUUGCGACCAUCACUGUGGCCGUUGAGGAAGGUCGCUCUAUCUACAGCAACACUCAGCAGUUCAUCCGGUACCUGAUCUCGUCGAAUAUCGGUGAGGUCGUCUCGAUUUUCCUGACCGCCGCCCUGGGCAUGCCCGAGGCUCUGAUCCCCGUGCAACUCUUGUGGGUGAACUUGGUUACAGACGGUCUACCGGCCACGGCCCUAUCCUUCAACCCUCCUGACCACGAUGUGAUGCGCCGCCCUCCACGUCGGCGCGACGAGCCCCUUGUCGGUGGCUGGCUCCUGUUCCGGUAUAUGGUCGUUGGUACAUACGUUGGUGUUGCCACUGUGUUUGGUUACGUGUGGUGGUUCGUGUAUAAUCCCGAAGGCCCGCAGAUUACCAUGUGGCAGCUGUCGCACUUCCACAAGUGCUCCUCGCAAUUCCCCGAGAUCGGCUGUGAGAUGUUCAGCAACGAUAUGGCCAAGUCCGCAUCCACAGUGUCACUCUCCAUCCUGGUGGUGAUCGAGAUGCUGAACGCCAUGAACGCCCUGUCCUCCAGCGAGUCCUUGUUUACUUUCUUCCUGGGCAACAAUCCGAUGCUCGUAUACGCCAUCACCCUCUCGAUGGCCCUGCAUUUCGCCAUCCUCUACAUUCCCUUCCUCCAGAACUUGUUCUCGAUCCUGCCUCUCGGUGUGAUCGAAUGGGAAGCCGUGCUGGCGAUUAGUGCGCCUGUGAUUUUGAUUGAUGAGGCUCUUAAGUUUGUGGAGCGUCGUCUGUACACUACGCAUGUUGCUCCCAUCAAGGUGACGCAGAAUGGCGUCGCGGGGAAGCCGAAGCGGGCGUGA